CCCCUUUGUACUUCCGCAUUCGUUUUGUAAUCGACUCAUUAAUAAUAUAUAAUAGAGAUACCAAAGUAAUACUCAUGGUUUAUACAAUCAUCACAGGAUGACAUUUGUUGCAAGUUAUGGGAGAUUGAUUUUAAAUUAGCAGUUUUUCUGUUUUUCGAGGAGCUCCCUCGUAGUCUCUCGGCCAGUACUUGUCUUGUCACUAACUGUGACACUUCACUAACUACUCCUAAGGUUAUUUACGGUAACAGCGACUGUAGUAGUACAGGUACUAGUGAGUAUACCACAAUGUCUGGGAGUCCAGCCGUGGUGCUUCGCUUGGUGGCAUCAGCCUACACUGUGGCUGAAAAGGCUGGGGACAUUGUGAGGAAGGUGCUUCACCGUGGAGAACUUGGCAUUGUGGAAAAGGAUGGCGCUAAUGAUCUGCAGACACUAGCGGACAGACUUGCACAGAAAAGCAUUUGUGCUUCACUGUCCAGACGCUUCCCCAAAGCAACCAUCAUUGGCGAGGAGGACCUUCCCGCUGAGGAGGUGACCGAGGACCUGAUUGAAAAUGGCCAAGCAGAAGAAAUCCUCAAGAAACGCUGUCCUGCUGAAUAUGGUGGAGUGAAAGAAGAAGAGCUAGUUGUGUGGGUGGAUCCGCUUGAUGGCACAAAGGAGUAUACUGAAGGCCUCCUCGAUAACGUGACUGUGCUUAUUGGAAUCGCGUACGCAGGCAGAGCGAUCGCAGGCGUCAUCAACCAGCCUUUCUACAACUACCAGCUUGGGCCGGGGGCAAAACUGGGAAGAACCAUGUGGGGAAUUCUCGGAGUGGGUGCCUUUGGAUUUCAGUUGCGGGAAGUGCCAGACGAUAAACGCAUUGUCACAACCACACGUUCACAUAGCAACAAGCUCGUAACAGACUGCGUUAAUGCCAUGGAACCUCAUGAGGUUAUACGAGUGGGCGGUGCAGGAAACAAGAUCAUUCAGCUUGUUGAGGGGAAGGCUUCUGCAUAUGUCUUUGCAAGUCCAGGAACCAAGAAGUGGGACACGUGUGCUCCUGAAGUUAUUCUGCAUUGUGUUGGAGGUAAACUGACGGACAUGCAUAACAAUGCAUACCGCUAUGAUGCUGAAGUGAAGCACCUGAACUCUGCAGGUGUUCUUGCAACACUAAGAAACCACGACUACUACAUCAGCAGAGUACCACAGUCGGUGCUGCAAGCCCUGAAGUCUGGCUGAGCCUCAUCUACUGUAUGUGCAUCUAUUACACACACACACACACACACACACACACACACACGGCAACUGUAAUGGACCCUUUGUCAUUUCAUCAGUUCCAAUGCGGGUGCUUUUUUUUUUUUUUUUUUUAAUGGGAGUUCAUCAAGACAUAAGAAAUCACUGAUUUGACUUACAAAUCACCUCACCAUUUAGUUUGCAUAUGAAAGAAGUGCAAGUUUGCUAAUGCCCCGCCACAUUCAGUCGAUUGCUCCGAAAACCGUCGUACAGUACUGUACUGUUAUGUAUUUCUAUUGAAUGCAGAGUAGUGAUUCAACAGUGGGAUCAAGUCAUGCAAUUAAAUACCUACUCUUCCUGAUGGAUUAUUCUAAGGCAUCUGGUUUCUAUCUAGUCCAGGUUUCCAAGGAAAAUGUAAAUAUUUGUGCAUUGGCUCAGGUUGACAGCCCAUGUCUACGUCACAAGUGUGAUUUAGUGUUGAAGCAAAGAUGCUCAGGCACCCACGUGACUGCAAAGGGUUUACAAGCCUUUUAUAUUUGCGAUAACGCCAACUAUGCAAAUAUUGAGCCCCUGAAAAUGUACAAAUUCUACCAACAAUGGCUGUAGUUCCCAAAUGGUAAAAAUUCAUAUUUUUGUGAAACCUGAGAUUAAAGUUGAAUAUCAUUUGAAAUAUUUAGUCACAAUUGCAUUUAAUGUGUUUAUAUCUCCUCAGUAUAACACAAAUUUGAAACCUGUAAUACUGUUUGACCAUGGAGAUGGCAUUAUGGAAAGAAUAUACACAACAGUACCAUACCGUGUGUGACCUGAAGGGGCGCUGUACACUUUUUUUUUUUUUUUUUUAAUGCCACUCCAACCCAGCAUGUUCUUGGAAACUGUAAAGGGUAUCAUGUUUAAAUCAUUUUCUGGCGCUAUUGGUGGGCUUUUUGCUAUGGAGCCCCAAUUUCAGGGAAGGUGUGUGAUUAUACCAGUUCAGGAAAAAAAACAAAUAAACUCACCUCUACAUUCCAAGGUCUACACAUGUGCAGACACUCAAAUAUUACAUCACAAUUUACAUACUAAAACAAACAUUGUAUUAAAAAAAAGAUAGUAUGGCAAUGUGACUCGUUAAAUGUACAAUCCUUUAGCAGGAUCCCUUCAAACUUUGGAUGCAAAUGGCAUCAGAAUUUCAGCAGAAUGUUUUUUGUAGGUUUGCGUCAGUCCAUCUUUGGUUCUUCUUUCUCAAUCUUAUAUCCCGAUUAUAGGACUCUACAACCAAAGUAGGUACAAAAAUCAUUUUUAUAAGUGCAACAAUCUCAGAUAAACAUGUUACCUGAUUACACAGUCGGUAAAGAGUUCAAGCACUGUGUAAAAAAGUCUUCAGCUGUAGUGUCUCUUCCACGGACAACCUGUCGUGGUAGAAGCUCAGUCCAGUCAGCAGUUCGAUGUCCCGCACGCGGGCGGUGUGCAGCUGCAUCCAGUCCUCCACCCACGUGAAAUCUGAGCCAUUCUAAAGAGAACGGGAGGACGACACAUUCAGAGGUGCAGCCAUUGAAAAGAGUUUGACACAUGACGGCGUUACUCACAGAGCAGCUCUCUGUGUAAUCAGCUCUGUGGGGCAGGAUGAAGGACCUAACUCGAAGAGGACCCUUACAGUUCGAAGGACCCAGUGUGGAAUUGCCACAACUGGUCAGGAUCACAAAGAAAUGUGUGGGGAUGUGGGCCUCGUUCCUGGAGAAAGAAACUGUCAAUUCUGGGAAGUGUGUCCUAAAAAAAACCCUACAAUAUAGUUACUGGGUGCGUAGUCUAUUAAAGCACAAACCGCAAGGGUCUCUAAUUAGUGCAGGGUCCAAAAAAAAAAAAAACAUUGCCAUUAACCGCUGUGACUGUAGGCAACCUCCUGGUGUAGUUCACAAGAUGGCAGUAGCUGCAUUUAAGUACAAGUGAUCAGCUUGAUCUACCCCUGCAUGCACUUUAAAGUGUCCCAGUUAACAGCUCAUUUUUUUGCCAUUCAGGUAAUUACUACUUGUAAUUUCCAGUGUACUACUUGCACUAGUCAUUUAUUCAACAAAGCCUCUAAAAAUGUGAAGGGCUCACGGUGCGGAUGGCUUGUAGGCGUCAACUUUCCCAUUAUAGUCUUCAUCAAAUAUUGGUCCACUCAGUACGUUGAGUCCAUCCAGCUGCUCUGCAUAGUUGGGAAGCAGGAAAAUUUGGAAAUGAACCCAAACAUCUGUUAGGAGGGAAAAAACCACACCAUUUUCAGUAUGUGGGCUAUAGUUUAAUAGUACAUGGUAUGUAUGAUUAAAUGGACUUAACUGUAGUGGAGUUUUUAUGUUAUUUUGUUGCGAAAGUGUCCUUGCCAUGCAGUAGCACAUGCUUGCCACUCGGGGUCAGCAUUUCCACACUAAUUCAACAUUUUUUCACUGUAGUUUCCAUUUACUGGGUGGUCCCAGGGAAAAGUUAGUCAGAGCUGUGUUGUUGGGUACUUUUGCCUUCUUAACGCGUUCAUCACACACCCAGAGGAUUGUUUAGUCAUUGGGGCUCUGCCUUUUUUUUGUUUUUUUACUAAAUGUGAGUUGUAAGUUGCUAGUUACAUAGCCAUGUUUAUAUACGCGAUUUGAAAUAUUGUUUAUCAUCUACUAACAAAUGUGAAUGAGAAAAUUCUAUUUCCUAGGCUAGAUAGUCACAAUACACUAACAGCUUUGUGCUGACAAGAGUGACUCUCAGCGUCAUCUCUAAAACUCACAGUAGCGGUGCUGCCGCCCUCGUGUGUCUACUUUGUUGUGACUGUGAAAAAGGUUGACACCUUCGGUAGUUUAGAUCAAAUCUGUUUUCCUCUCGCCUUCUCUGCUCUGCCCCACCACUGUUGCCUACAUUUCAGUAAGAAAAGUAGCUAUUGGCUGUCAUAGAAGUCGCUGGAUGAAGUCCUUGUCUAAUUUGCAUAUGAUGUAAAAUACUGUAGCAUAACCUUGCAGGAGAGACAAAGAGUAAAAAAAACAGCUUAAUUGCGUUUAGAACUACAAAUAAACUUGAUUCUUGGUUAAAUUAAGAUUGUCCAUUUCAUCAAAAUAACUUCAUUUUAUCUCUGCCUCUCAAAGUGGACGCUUUGUGCUAUAAAUGAUCACUGAGAAGGAUACAAAUAAAUUAUGAGUUAAAAUAUAUUCUUAACGGUUUUCAUUCAUUUCAACACCUGCAUCACUGAUGUGCAGCCAGCGAGCCAUACAUCACACAGGUGGUCGGACAACCUCACCUUUAAAUGCAGGGAACAUUGGCACCAUGUUGCUUGUGAUGAGUGAGUCUGUUAGUGGUCCAUCACCGUUCAGACCUUGAAGAAAAUCAGAGAAAGGUUUGUGACUCUCCUACCAUUUGAAUAAGCUCUGCGUCUUCCUACUAUGUUUUGGACACGUUGAAUUGUACAAAUAAAACCAUGACCAUCUUCUGGCCUUGUGCAGAUAAACUGAGAAUCAAUAAGCUAAUCAAUUAAGGUAUUUCUCUUGCAAUUCUUGUUUCCGACUAAAGGACAGAUUCAUAAAGCCCUGAACAAAAGGAAUAAUUGGGUGGAUUUUUUUUUUUUUACAUUACAUUACAUUACAGUACAGCUAUGAAACAUGUCAGCUUUAAUUCAGCAUCCUGCAGGGGAUGAUGGAGCUGUGAGCAACACACACACACACACACACACACACUCACUGGGGUAAUGCAGAAGGCCGUAAGCGUUGUCACACGUCUGGCUGGUGGCCGGUGGAAUGCGAGGGUCUACGCGAACACACGCCUCCAAAGAUGGAGCCAAGAAAAACACUUUAAGCUGAAAGAGCAAAAGUCGUUAUAUAUAUAUAAAUAAAUAAAAUGACAUUGCCUGAUGAAUAUAGGAGAGAUGGCUGCCUGACACAUACAAAUAAAAUAAGUCAUUUAAAGUUGAAAUAUCAUUUUAGCUUUUUCCUUUUGUCUUCAAAUGUUAACAUUAAAUGUUGCCCCAGUGAAUGUGGAUUUUUUUUUUGGUCCAAGACCAAGCCUAUAUCAGCAAAACACUUUCUUUCGGUUUUGGCUUAAAGAAAAAAAAACCUCAAAAUCUGAAAAAAAAAUAUUCUUUAUAUUGGACAGAGAUGAAACCUGUAUUCUGCGUAAAUGGAAAUAUUAGUAGCGGGGGGAGAAAGGGAAGCCCCUACUGACACUUGGAAGCCUCCUGCAUAUCAUCAAUGAUUUAAAGCCAAUAUUUUCGGCUUAAAUCACCACAUAAUGCUGCUUUGUGUGUGAGUAAGUCACUCCAUAGACGUUAGACACCUAAAUUGGUCACAUGCUCAGAAUAGAAUCAACUGCAAGUUGUGUUUCACUGGACACCUGCAAGUAAACAAGCGGAAACAUGGCCCAAAAUAACACGUGGAAUGAGAGACACCACCAACAUAGCUGGGGAGGCCAGAACCGGGUGUCAAUACCGUGGGUGGUGCUGGAUACGCAAAAUGUUUAACCUCGCUCUAUGGCGCCUGUUGAGAUCAGUGCGAAGGAUGAGCCCAAUGGGGAGAACACUACUGUGGCAUCUAAGAUAUUUACAUGUCAUGUUGGGCAACUACUGUAUAAAGCUAAGAAUACAAAUGGGAAAUAAUGCAGGGUUUACUUCCAACAUGCUUAACAAGUCACAUUUAGGAACAGCACAAUUCAACAUGGCAGUUACUCAUCAUUUGUUGACUUACUGUGUUUAUGGCCUAUUUUCUAAUCGGGGAAAAAAGGAAAAGAAUGUAACACUAGAUGGCGGUUAAAAAAAAAAAAGACAAUGGAGAAACAGUAUACUGUAUAUUGUAGUUAAAGCUAACAAACAUUGUAUACAAUGAGAUAAUAUAAAUGUAAUAUUAGAUAUUAUAAUAAUAAUAUAGAUAAUCAAUGGACCUAUUCCUGUCAUGUGUUCUUCCAUCCGGUAUUUUUUAUUGUUGAACGUUUAAGAUAUCUUAAUUAAGUCUUUAAUUAGAAUUUCAAAUGAUAAAAUCAACAGCAAGAAAGCUAGUGAUGGGGUACCCACAUUUAGGGUCUAUAAUCAAAAUAGCUUCUCCUGCAGAGGUCCCCAGACCCGAGUCCACAUCUGUCUCCGCCCCAGACGGCCUUCUAUACCGACCCAGAGUUAUUACACAAUUUUAAAGUACACUUAAUAUAACACAUUUUGGGAGAAUUUACGCUAUACAACUAUGUGUAUACAUUUGUGGUCAUUACUGUGGUAAAUACUGCAUGUGCACAAACUAAUGGAGUGUAUUGUGACUCCACCCACACACACCUAAAGCAAGAAAAGUGUAUAAAAACGGCAGUUUAGUUAACAUCCGUUCAUCCGAAUACGUACAAACCAUUUUCUUUGUUGACCAAAUUUUGUUUGUGUUUGUGUUCAGGCACUUUAAGUUGCUGUGUGCAGUUAUUCAUUAGAUGCAAAUAUUGGGGGCUCACCUUUACCUGGCCUAAUGUAUUUACAUAAAAAGGUGUACAAUACCCAAAUGUGGAAUGACUCACUCAGCCUGAGGUCACUGUUUACACAAAGACUCAACCAUUUAAUGAGAACAGUGAGAGAAACUUGAGCCGACACGAUUGUGGAGAUGAGUAACAGCAGCUUAGAGGAGGACUUCAAACCCUUAAAACCUCAUUCACUCUGAAGCCAAACCCAAACCACCCGCCAUGGCUAUGUUUAGGGAUGAAAGACAGCUUGUAGCAGCCCACUCACCACACGGGGGACGGUGUACGACACCCAAAGAGCCAUGUGACGGUCUUGGCUGUAUCCAAUAACGUAGUCUGUCUGGUGAAGCAGACAAAAGGUGGCGUCUGGUAGGACGACGCUGGGGACGCCGAAAGGAUGGUGCAGGCGGCGUAAGGUAGCUUUAGCUAAAAUAGAAAAAAACAAACAUUACACUUCAAACUUCUAACACUAAAUUAAAAGGACAGGCUUGUAAACAACCAUAACGUAGUCCACAGGGCAUCUACAGAGUUUUCCCAAAUGGAGGUAUGAAUUUGCUCACAUACAGUAAUUGGUUCCAGACUUGACCAUAAGUGAAUUUCCACGAAGUAGGAUUCAUAUUUUUGUAGUUAGGAGUAUAGAACAACUGUUUGACCUCAGUGUUUAACAUUAGAGCCCUCUAGACAUGUAAUAACACCCCUAUAGUCACCUUUACACUUGUAUUACCCAAUAUUGUAGACAUAACAGACUCACAUGUUAGCAUUGGUAGUGUGUCUUGUUGAUCCCCCCCCCAGACAGCGUACUUCCUCGUGGCACCUAGUGACCAGCGUAGAAUUCUUAUACACCUGACAUCUUUGAAUGAGUCUUCUGAAUGCCUUAUAUUUGUAUUUGUAUUUUUGUUCAUUUAGCCAUUUUUACGCUUGAAAAUGUGUAAUUUAGGCCAAGAAUACAUAACGUUUGCUUAAACACGCAUAUUUUUUUUUUUUUACUAAUGGGCCAACCAUAAAUCAGCAAUACUGUAAUUAAUUUAUUAUGAGUGAAGACGUGAAAUUCAAACCGCAAUGUGGCACAACUAAAGUAGUUUAUUACUUUAGUUUUUAUAAUAUCAAAUAGUGCUACCUUGACUUACAAGUGUCCCAACUAGCAAGUGUGAGAUACAAAACCAUUGACCGAUUUAUUGCUUUGAGUUGCACGCUAGUUAGCAUAAAGAACGCGAUAACCUCCUCCCAGAAUCCGGUGUCUCGUGUUGUAUAUUUCCGAAAGAAAUUAUCGAAAAACAUGAUAAAGGUCUGCGUGUAUCAGACUUGUCGGAGCAGUACGAGCGUAGCACUUCUAUGAUCUGCACCAUACUGAAGCAGAAGAAAGCAUUUGUAAACACCUGGAGAAGCAGCUCACAGAAGAUACCGUGACAGAGGCUAGUCCGCAGGAAGCUCUGAUUUGCUGCAGUAAGUACAUUACAAGUACAAUUUUCUUACUUAAAAACUCAUAACCAAAAAAUAUUGGUGCUUUUUGGGGGGCCCGGAACAGAUGAAUGGCAUUUAAAUUCACUUCAAUGGGGAAAACUGAUUUGACACACGAGUCAUUUAAAUUCCGAGCGCCGUCACAGAACAAAUUACCGCAUGAUUCACCCCAUUUGAAUCAUCACAAAGAACAAUGCUUAGUUAAACAAUGCAUAGGCUAAUAUAUGUCAGACAAAACUGGAGUAUUGAACUAAAUAGGACUCAAUGCAAAGAAAUGUCAAGAACCUAAGCAGACAUAGCAGAACUAAUCUGUAGCUCACAAUAGCACGUGGGGAAAUCAAAGUGGCAGCCAAAAGACCACCCACUUUUGCAGCCUGUACCCCCAGAUUCUGCAGGAGUGAUUGCAUCUCUACGGGAAUGCUAAAAGAGGCCAUCAGCAGUUGCUAACCCUCUUAAUGUAUGGGGGUGCUUGCUCUUGCUUACUCAACCGCAGGGUUUGGCUGCUAUUCCUUACAGAGAAAGUUUGGGAAAACAUUUUAUAGUCUCCACUGAGUACAAGGUGACAUGAGGAUGCUGGAAAGCAUACUGCUCAAGUCAAAUGCCCAAUUAGCACGAUGCACCAUUAACCAUUUAGGCGCCAGAGUCUUUUUUCAGUUUUACGUUACCAUAUCAAAAGGUUGUAGCUUGAAAAUGGUUCAAGAUAAAGGCAUACUGGAAAUGAGAAAAAUCAGCAGUAUGACCCAAAGUCUGUGAUGUCGCAAGGCUCAGAAUUUGUCAGAUCCGCGUCACCACGAUACCGGCUCAUCAAAAUGUCUCAUCCACUUGUGAUACUCUUCAUCUCCCAAGCAAAACCAGCCAUCAUAGUCCACACCCACACGAUCUUGAGCACCACUGCUGCCUCCACUGCUAUCACAUGUAGAUGGAUAUUUUAUAUCUAUAGUUAUAGAUGCCUGAUAUAGAUCUAUUAUGCCUGUGAAUAUUAUCAUUCAUCCAGGUCAUUGUAUUCUCGGGUCUUAUCUAUUAGGAAUGCAUUUUUUGCCGCGGACUCUCCCGCGCAUGCCACUAUUCCUGCGUUUUGUUGUUUUACAAUAUUCCUGCUACCCCCGCUCACAAAUGACAACCCACCACGUCCCCUCCUGCCAUCCCAAAGAUGGUUAAGCAAAGCAUCGGCUAAAGUAUAUGCUGCUUGUGGACUGACGGGCGGACCCGCUGUCGCACGUGCACGGUAGUUGAAAGUCAUCUGAUGUAAAGUAUUAACUACAUAAGGGACCAUGUUUGAAGAAAUGGCUUGUUCAGCAAUGUUGCUUGUACCUAUUUUGUGACUUUGCCACUUAAAGGGCUAUAUAACACACUCUAGUUAUCUUCUAUGCGGUCUUCAAACCAUCAUGAAUGUACACUUAAUACAAAAAAAACAACACUCACCAUCACUUCUAUUAAUCAUUAAUCUGUUCAACUGUUCCUCCUGCAAGUAUAAUGUGUAUUAGUUCAAAUAUACAGCAGGCAUGCAAAUACACUGGAGAGGAGUGGAAGAAAAGAAGCAUUUGACCUCAUCUGUUGUUCUGGGCUGGCAGGAGCAAUUUAGGUCGGCAAUGGGGCGGAGGUUACUGGUCUCACAGGGGAUGUCAUGGGAGAGCUGUGCAGGGUGAACAGGGAAGUGGACUGGACGUUUCAAGAGGUGGUUCAGACUCCCGUGUGUACCGUUGUUUGGAGCAGGAGGAACACCCAAAAGAUCUGGAGUGCAUCAUGUAACGUGCAUCAGGUCAUUUAAGCGAUCAAAAUUAAAGCCAAGCAAAAUUUUGCAUCGCAGCACACAACUACGGUGCAUUAAAGGACCACAGAAAUCUCAACGCUUGAUGAAAGACCACUGAAGCAUAAAAAACAUCUAAGAAAUGAUAGGCUUUCUAACAGUGCUGUAUGUAUGUUGUACAUUUGACCUGUAUUAUUAUGCAUUUAUACAUUUAUGGUGAAUGAGAUGCAUGUUCUAGCUACAGUACAUGUACUCAUUAAAGCAAUGCUAAGACAACAUAAGUAUGUAAGACUAAGACAGUGUACAGUAGGUAUCAAAAGAGUUCAGAAUAUGGUUAAAACAACUUAAAUCUGUACUUUAUAAAACUAUACAGUAUAUUUCCAUUAAAAUCAUUGCUCGCUGCUCAAGUAACACUCUACAUAUAUUAGAAUGUUGCUUUUAUGGAGGAAAAAAAAAGUACACAACAAAGUGUCACUUACCGCACAUAAGGUUGUAGAGUUCAAUGUUCUCAAAAGGAGGCACAACAGUGCUGCUUUUAAAUCCUGGACCAUAACCGAUGAAGAUUGCCUGGAAAAACAUUGGGACCUUGGUUAGAGUCAUCCAUUUGUUCCAGACGCUAACCGAAUCAAUUUUCCUCAUAAGAAAUCAUGUAAAUCCAAUCAAUCCGUUGCAGAAAUGCAAAAAUGUUUUUGCAUUUUUUUUGAAAAAUAAUUUUACCAUUAUAUAUGUAAGUGCAGAAAACGAUUCAAAAUGCGUAUAAAUAUACGAUGAAUGAAAGGGAUUAAUGAACAUUUAAGGUUAAUUUUACCUUGGGGACUUUUAAAUGACAUGCAUCAGACUAAAAAACCACCAUAUUUCGACAUUUAGCUACUGUAUUUCGAUAGAAAUAAUAUAACCAGGGGUUUUCAUUUCCAGGAAAGACAAUAAAAGGAAUGCAACUCCACCUAUAAAAUGAUUGCACCUUCAUCAAGAUAUUUAACAUCACCUUGAUAAACCAAUGUUUGACGUCUAUAAAGCAGAUAUUUAAAGGAACAUCGUGUGUUUCUCACCUGCAUGUUGGUGAAGACGUUAUCUGAACCAUGGAACCCGCCCGUACAGUACUUGAUUUCCUUCCUGUUUCUGCACACAAAUUCAACUUAAUUUUAUCCGAGGAGCUAAAUAGAAGAAAUUCUGUCACACAAAAGAUGAGUCUAUAUUUAGUUUUAGGCUCAAAAUAGCAGUUUAUCACGAAUCUACUGUCCUAAAGUUAAAGUACUUUUAAAGAAAGCUGCACUCACAGGACAGCACAAUGUGAUGAGCUCCAAUACGAUACAUGGAUCAAAAAUGACACUGUUAAAUAAUGCUGAGUUUUGAUUGACACUGUUAGAGCUAUUUAAUACUUGUAGCUAAAAAACAGGGAAGCCAAAGUAUUACAAAACAUCUAUGAAACUAUGCUCACUGCAAACUACAGUACAUAAAACAUUUUCUUGACCCAAAACAGUUGAACACGCCAAAAUCCAAAUUCAAACCUCUCUGGUAAAAUAUGCCUGAAAAGUCAAACAAAUCAUAACAAACUAAGUUCAAAUUAUCACUGUGGGCAAAUUUGGUAAGUGUGGGUGCAUUUUUUUGUGAUUCCGCCGCAAAAGCAUACCACAAAUGGCAAGUGUGAUGAUAGACGGGGGUGCCGCCAGGGAUUUGGGGCCCCCCGAAAACAAAAUAUUCUGAAACAUUGAAGCAGGGAAACUACAUUGUUUAGUAUUAGCGACGGGAGAGAAGGACAAAAUGCGUGACUUUCCAAGGGAAAACGAGAGGGUGGACAGGUAUAAAUUACGUAAUGAUUCAGAAUUAUUUUCGGUCAUGCCCCCUAGGGGACUGAAUUUUUUCAUGUUCACAACCUGCUAAUGUGUACAAACCCCUGUAUGAGCUGCGUGCACUAGCAUCGUUCGAGAGUCAAAGACGAACAGACUUGCCGACCUUGAAUUUCAUGAGUAUAGUCCCCACUGCCUCCCACUCCUUAACUUACGCCCCUCGGAGGACUGAAGUACUGGCAUACAUAAAUGAAUUUGAACCAACCAGAUGCUCAAGUAAAUAGCAUGUAGCUGGAAGCAUGAUGGAAAAUGACUUUCAUUACAAAAAUAAUCAGAAGCCUGUCAACAGCACUAAUUUUACUUUGUAGUUUUAUCAGUGGCUGCCUUCUUUUUAUACUUCUAUGACAGCUAAGAAUGUUAGUUACUUCAAAAACCAAUAUGCCUGAAAAUAGUCUUAUCCUCUUCUUGUAUGUGCAAUGAACUCUUGACACGUUAAUAGCCCCCUAUACUAAUACAUAUAUAAAUACAAUAUAUUGACUGUUCAAAGUUGUCCAUAAAAGGACAGAUGAGCACCUAAGUUAGUACAAAUGAUCACUUACAGCGCCGCCUGCCAGCCUUCUUCCAUAUACAGGUGGCCUCUCUCUAUUCUCACGUUGUUGGCAAAAUGCAGCCGUUUGGGGAGGUGCUCUUUAAGAUACGGCCUCAUUUGCUGCUCGGGGGUCCUGCACUUCAGAACACACACAAACCGUGAAGGAUCAACACAUAGCAGUUGGUUUGACAAGCAGAUAAUCUUUCAUGCACUUCUCUCAAUACAAAAUGUCACGUUUGGAAUUCUCUGCAUACCGACAGGUUCUUCAUCAGGCCCUCGUAGUCAACUGUCGGGAGGGGGCGGGGGGAGAGAGAAACAAAAGAAUAUUCACAGUGGGCACAAGGUCAGAGGCGCCUCUUGAAACCAAACCGACACUGUGAGGGAUGCUGCUAGGGUGGGGAGACGGGAAGUUGGCAGUUAUCGUGGGGGGAACUCACAGGAAAAGAAGUCAUCUGGGAGGCUGCUGGGUCUGAUACGAGCAGCUGGGCCUUGGAUGACAGUAAAGUCGUCAGUGUUUUUCAGGUAGGGAGACACAAACACUGCCCUUUCACAUGAUGCUUCUUCCAUGCCUACGGGAAAAAAAAAAGAAAGCUUAAUGGUGAAUAUUUUGUCACUUUAUUUAAAUACUGUACAUUACAGGGUCAAUUAUAAGAAACACUGCUUUGGCUUUGUUAGUAAGCAGAAUUGAGCAAAAAUGACCCUGAUUGCCAUGAAACAUUGUGGAUAGAACCCAUUAACUUUAGCGGAUUAUGUGAAUACAAAUAUGGUCAUCACAUUUGGUUGUAAAUGGGCCCAUCACCCCUCCUGCCCCAAAAUUGAAAUGGUCUCAUUCACACUGCCACAGGGAGCAGCGGUAUAAAGAUAAGGAGCGAUUCAUUUUUUGGAGUAUUAAUACGUUUACCCCAGUUCCAAAGUUGAUACAGUCACGCCUGGUCGUCCGAAGGGGACACUUGUGUUUAAUCAAUGCCAUCGCUUCUUCUGCUACUUAUAUACGACAACCGCCCCCUUGCAUCAAAUAACCACAACAACUUGAAAAAAUAAAUAUGUCAUAUAAGCAGUCGCUUCUCCUAGCAGUUAUUAAUGAUAACCGACACUUUUGACAAUUCAUAACAUCUGAAAUAAUACAAAAAGUCAAGAAAGUUUAAGUAAUGCAGUGUUAUACGAAGUGAUGGCACAAGUAAACAUGCUGUAUCACAGGACAAUGAAUGGACUUUGCAUCCAUGUUACAUGUUUUUAAACUGGUGUCAUUUGCUGACCGCAUUCGAGUUACGUCGCCUUCGUCUUUACUGCCGCUAUAUUGUGUUUAUUAGCUAGGGUAAUGUGGUAGCACCAAAUUUGUUUCUGGCAGUCCAAAUUUAUUUGUUGCAGGCCGCCACAAGUAAAAACACUGCUGACGUACUAGCCUGCUUGCCAACUUCGACAACGACUUUCCAUCAGCAUGAAAUGCUGCAGCUGAUAGAUGGCAGAGUCCCUCUGAAUGUUCUGAACUGCUAUUUCCGUGCCAGUGUCGUAUUUAGCCGACUUCAUGUCGUCGUCCUCCUUCGGGCCACAUUUAGUCUAUACUGACUCAACAGUGCCACUGCUGGUUGCAACAAAUUACUGCACUCAAUUUUGUCUCAAUUGAAUCGAGACACAAAGCCACCAAUUCAUGAAUAUGCCCAUUUCUUGAAGAGGUAACAAGGGCGUUGCCAUAGCAGCAGUUUUAUUGAAUUGAACAUGUCUCAAUCAAAACAACGAAUGAAGGGUUCUGAAAAGGAUGUUUCCACUUUUAUCCCGGCUUGUCACAGCGCUGCGUACUUUUAGUCUUCUACUGAUCUGACGAGUAGAUCUCCAACUGAAUGUCACACCGACUGUCUGAACUAAUUUUUGCCUUAAAAAAAAAAUCCCCCUUUCCGAACCGCUUCUAUCAACUCCUUAGCAGAUGGCUUUGAAAGGACACUUGAGCACAGACAUCUGCCCCAUGCAAGUACAAAACUCUAGCAAAGUGGUUUUAGUAAAGAGUCUUUUUAUAUGGGAAAACAAAAUUGUCACAACAUUUGGUUGCCAUAAACAAUGUUGAUGCUUUGCCAUGCUGUGUAAUCAUUUGCUGGCCGCAUUCUAUUUACCUUUCCUUGUGGCGAGUUGGUGUACAAAUACAGAAUGACAUGAAAUAGGCUGCUUUGUUUUUUUUUUAACACACAGGUAAUGGUUGGAACACUGCCCAGCAGUUGCAUUGUAUUUUGGAAAUGUAGGUUGUGUACUUGCACGAGGAGGUGCAUUUACAUUUCUAUUUUAAGAUACAGCUGGGAAAUUUGUUUACGCAGUCAUUUUCUAGUUCCCCGUUGGCAUGCGAGUACAGGUUAAUGACAGCAAUGAGUCAACCAAGUCAAACAUUUGGAAGCAGACUCUACGCCAUCUAGGCUUCAGUGCGGGCUCAUUGGAUGUCUUACAACUGGGAAACCACACAGACUUAAGACCGCUCGCACCACGAUGGUUGGUGACCUCCAACUUACACCAUCGUUCUGGGCUCUCUGGUCACAUACUUAUUUCAGUAAGUUCAUUCAUUUAGGCUGCUCAACUGCAGUGGUGUUGUUAUGGCAGCAGAGUCAGGCCUCCACAUUCAUAAUCAGCCUGCUGAACCCACAUGAGCCUCGGUUUAUGGUUUCCUAUCUUGUGUUCUCAACUCACCAUGGUCCGAUGAAAUGAUAAUGUUGACACAGUGGAGCAGGUUUCUCUGGAUCAGGCCAUCCAUCAGGGUGCCCAUAAUCCGGUCCACGUGCUUGAGAGCAUCUAUGACCUGAAGUAAACAGUUUAAAACGUUAGCGAGGUUUCAUCGCAAUCUGCAUGAUGUUGUCAUAGUAAGUGUUUUAGGCUGACGAAGCGUGAAAGAAAAUACUGUGUGUAUUUAUAAACAUGAAAACUUACCUGUAACAAUCUUUAACACUGCUAAUAACUAAGAAAAUUGCAUUUUUAUUAUUAUAUUGAAAAUAUAAUAGUAUUAAUAUUAAUUCACUGCCAAGUCAGUCAAUUUAGAGAACUGUAUAACUCAUACUUUGAUCAUUUGUUAGCCAAAUGCCGUAUCUUUACAAGCAAGUCCUUCCAUAAGUAGAACUUUUUUGGUGUUGCAGUUGAAAGCAACAGCAUAGUUGGUCACUACUACUUUCAUGUCCAAGCAAUACCUAACCUGCGUGCUUGCUGGUCCAUAGCGGUGUCCUGAUGAGUCAGGCUCUUCCAGGUACAAAGUGUAAAGGUCAGGUCUAAAAAUCACACAUUAAGCAGUCAGGUCCUCUGAGAGCAGCGUGACAGCCCGUUUUGGGUUGGAAACCUGAGAUACCGUUUUUCUUGCGCCAAAUCCAGCCACUCAAACAGCGUUGACACUCUGGUCUCGAAUGCGGUGCUUCUGUGCAUGAACACCAGCAAACAGCAAUAUUAUGUAACACAACAUUAAAGUAGAGCAUUGAAAAGGAGGUUGUGUUGUGUAAAUAGUGUCACUCUUACUUAUCGUAGAUUUUGUAGAAAUCCGGGAAGCUCCCAUUGAUGGCCACAUCUGAGCCGGGCCAGAAGAAGGUUCCUGUUUUUAAUUUGUGAUGCUUGGCGGUGAUCCAAACCUGAAGAGAAUAUAACAAUAUAUAAAAUUUGUUUUCAGAUCUCUGAAAUAACCUCUCUCCCUUCCAAUUAAUGCCCAGUGCUCUUUGCGGGUCAGGUAAAUACAUAAUUAGAGCAUUUACGACACAUAGCGUCAUGGUUGCACACCAUCACUUACUGGUUCUCCUUGGUACCAUUUCGGGUUGAACUUCUCCUCAGUUUUCAAGCUGAAGAAUGCAUUCCGGUUUACAUCGUACAUCUUGUUGUCAACAAUCCCAUGAGAUUCCGGGUACAGACCCUAUAACAAUUAAAGUAGUAACACAAAUUUGACUUAUUUGUAGAUUCGAAACCCAGCAGUGAUGAGGGGACAAUGCAGUGCAGGUAGAAGUUCUUCCUACAUCCGUACAUCCUCCCUCUACAAAGUCUAAGGAAGUUGCACGAUCGUACACAAGAUGGUGAAAACAUGAUCUGAACGGCCCAGGCAAGACUUACGGUGACGAUGCUGUAGUGGUUUGGGAAUGUCUUUGUGGGAUACAUUGGCCUCAAAUGUGGUGUGGUUGUACCCCAGGCUCCUGCAACACAAUGUUUGACAUCAGGAUGCGUCUUAAACCACACGGCGCACAAAGAGCUUUUUUGUGACUUACGUAACUUGGUGAUCACGGGGAGGUGGCUGCCGUGAUCUUUCAGAUAUUCCGCCCGGAAACCAUCCAAGGACACCAGGAUGAGGGGAGACCUGGUGAAACUGGGCACGAGGCAGGAAGAUUAGUAGGAUGCUUUCAACGGUGUACUAAUAGAUUUGUUACAGGGAGGAUGGAUAAAUACUGCAUAGCAUGACUUAUGACUCUUAGUGAUUGUUGCCUAGGUAGUGUGGGGGGAAUGCAGUACAGUACAGUGGCUCAGUGUACAGAGAACACAAAACAGCCCUUUGAGGCCCCAAAAGAAGAAAUAAAGUCACCCUAAGAACACUGGAAGACAAGAGGAAGACAAAUUUGUCUGAUAAUUCACCAAAGAUUUCUGUACUGUUCUGUAUUAACUAUAAAAGAUACUGAUGCAGUGUUUCCCACAGGACUGCAAUCUAUUUGUGGCACAGGCACAGCAGCUUUGAGAAGAGUGAUGCGUACUUUCAUGUUAGUUUCUAGAAGUGGCCACUAAGACCGGGAAAAUUUGCUAUAUUUGUUGCUCGCGCCGUUUUGAAAAAGGUGCCCGAAUAGUCGCAAAAUACAGUUGGCAACACUGAUCCCUCCUGCUACGUGUGAUUAUUCUCUGGCAGACCCGGGCACGUAUGAGGUGUGUUGAGGAAACUACAAUGUUACAAAGUCAUCUACUGUACAGUGGAACGACAAGCUACAUUCACAGAUAGUCCUGUUCUGUGUUUAGUAGCCUGCUUGCGAACUUUGCUAGCCUAUGUAAAUUCACUAAUAACUUUACAUCAGUAGGAAAUGCUGCAACUGAUAGAUGGCAGAGUCUCUCUGAAUGUUCUGAACUGCUAUUUCCGUGCCAGUGUCGUAUUAGCUAACAUGUCGUUCUUGGGGCCACAACUUAGUCUUUACCAGUGCUUCCCAAAUAGUGGUUGAAAGGGAUGUUUCCACUCUUAUCCUGACUUGUCAACAUAGCGCUGUGUACUUUAGUCUUCCACUAAUGUGACAAGCACUUCUUCAGCUGAAUGUCACACACGCAAUGUUUGUCUAAACUAAUUUUUGCUGAAGAAAUUCCCCUUUAACAGCUUAGCAGAUGGCUUUGAAAGGACGCUUGAGCACAGACAUCUGCCCCAUGCAAGUACAAAAAACCCCAAAAACCUUUAGCAGAGUUUAUAUGGGGGGGAGGAAAAAAAAAAAAACUGUCAACACUGGGUUGCCGUAAACUAUGUUGCUGCUUUGCCAUGUUGUGUAAUCUUUCCGCAGACCACUCAAAUGCAAACAGGCAAACUUCAAGAAUUGGGGAAGGUUUCAUUAAUAACUUGUGAGCACCAAUUUGCAUUUUCUCAACAUGACAAAUCACGCCUGCGGUUUGCCAAAAACGUAGUGGAAUGAGGAUGUGAAAUAAGACGACACUGCAUUUAAAAAUAAGCACGGAUCAUUUCAUUUAGAACCGGAGUUUGCUUAUUUUCCGCCCAUGUUCUAAUAAGUCUGUCUGGGGCACACAUGUCUGAGUACUACGAGUCAUUAGCCCCGUUUUCCACAGAGAGUUAUUUUUCCACACCAUCACUUCCACCACAAAAAGUUGCUUAAAAAACAAAAAACUGAGGCAGCGAUAAAACAAUCCUUUUUGUAUUCUGGGACCACAGCUGCCAAACAGCCUGCUGCAUGGGAACAAUGGCCCCCACUCAUACCGCAAGUCAAUGCUUUUAUUUAUGAAACUGGCUACUUUACAUAAAGACAUGAACAUGGCUCUGAUGUUUAUGAAAGCAGGACAGCUUAGACUGGAAUACAGCGAAAGCUCCAAGCGUGACACGGACUGGUUUCCAUAUUGUCGUCAUUUCAACAGUAGCAACUUCUAGGGGAAAACUGCUACAAUAAAAACUACCCAUUACCCAUACAGGCAAUGUUUUAAGUUACAUUUUAACAUUCUUUACUUUCAUCAAAGUAUAGAGAAGUUACCGACUGCAAGAAAGUCAGCAGUGUGUACCACUACACUACCAGUGUUGCUAUAUACUGCCUAAGUACCGUAAUUGUGUCAAAAAAUACACACUCUACUUAUUUUUCCCCAAAACUUUGGUUGAAUUCUAAACAUCUACACUUUUUGGAGGGUCUGCUGUCCCUGUGUUAUGUUCACUUUAAAUUCCAGAAGUUCAAAAUAAUUACCCUGAUGGACACUGUGGCUUUUCACUUCCCAAUGACGCCGCCUCAUACUGCAGCCAGAGCUCACCAUCACCUGGAAAAUGAAGAGGAGUGUCUGGGUUAUAUUUUCUGUAUAUAUGGUCAAUUCAUAGACGAUCCCAUCAUGAGGUCAAAAUAAUACAGAAUAAUGUUUACUAUAGCUACAUCUAGGACGAGGUUAUCUCUUUUCAAACUGGGAUUAUGUACAUUGUGUUUUACUUAAAACGAGGCUACUAUAUUGAUACCCUUAAUGUUAUGUUCACUGACCAUGCAGGACAGACUCAGCUGUCAGCCAUUCCUGUGACUGCUGACUCUUAGGCUGCUUAAAAGUCCUCCUGCCCACUCCUAACAUGUUUCCACCUUAGGAGCUCUCAAGACCUAAAACGCUUGGUGAAUAAAAGCAAAAAAGGAAAGGAAAAAUUCUAAGAACAAUCUUAGAAUCCAAGGAAUUGUAAGAUUUUUCUAAGAGUGACGUCACUAAGAGCUACUUUUAGCCUCAGGAUGCUUUGUGAAUACGGCCCACGUGUUUAAGAUAUUUCCUGGAAUGUUGCUUCUCAUCUGAUCACAUCUUCUGGCUGGACAUGUGACAAAAACUUUCUUAGCAUGCUGCUGAGAAACUUACGACCUCGCCAGACCAGUAGUGCGGCUUGGAUGAAAAACGACCCAUUUCUGUCUCUGGAGAUUAUGUGGUGGAGAGUAGGUGAGGGGAAACUCUCUCGCAACGGAAUCAAUGAAAUCCUUCUUCAGUCAUUUCUUCUAUUUUUGAACUUGUUUUCCAGGAAGGCAAUUUUGUGAGACUUGUACAAUCCCCCACACAAAAGAUGCACCGAUCUGUCUCAUGCCAAAAUAACACUGGUGUGGUUGUGGUUAAGUCGUAAUUCCUUCCAUAUGGUUUUCAUUCUACAUUAAAUAGGACAUACUGUAUCAGUCAAACGGUGGUGUCACAACAGAGAAGGCACCCCACCCAGGAUGGGGACAGCUGCACAGUCAGCAAGGCAGCUGCUAAGAUACACGAGAAGAUUUGGACAACAAACCGUUUGGGUGUUGCAAGACUAGUUUCAAACUGUCUUUAUGAUAACUGUAUCCUGUUGUAUGUCACCACUCUCUCAGUACUGUUUGGUUAGGUGACCCUCCCCUUUGCGGUGUUCCAAUUACUUAUCUUGGCAAACGGGGACAUUCUUGGAACCAAAAAAAAAAAAAAAAAAAAAUUUGUAGCCUCAGAGAGAAAGAAAGUAUCAAUUUAAUCUUACUCAGUUGACAAGCAAGUCCUUUAAAUUAGGCAAAAGCUGUUGAGUGUUUUUUAAACAGCCACAGUGACGCCAAGGAUAUAUAACAAGGGUGAAACGUUAUGCACAGUGAUACAUUUGCACAAGACAUGCUUCAAAUUCCUUGCAGUAAAGACUGCGCGGUGAAGCGUCAUCAUCGGUAAAACCUACCUUUCUCGCUGCUGCUGCUGCUGCUGCUGCUCAGAGAAAAGGCCAGUGCAAGGAUGAUCAACAAUAAGCAGAGAAUCAGAGCCUGGAAUAAAAAAAAAAAAAAAAGAAAUUCGAUUUUCAUAUGCAUUCGGCAUAUAUUAAACUCCAAAGUUUUCAUUCUUCAAUCCUACUUUUUUUUAAUCUUCUCUCCAUGUGUUUGUUAAAGGGACCGUGUGCAACAUUUGAACGUACCGCAAGCAUUACUGUAUAUGUCACCACGCACUCGUUAUGUUUGUUGUCAGCUAAUGAUAGCAAUUUGGCAAAGUUUAGCUAAAAAAAAAUUGUUGGUUGCCUCUCUGAGGCUACUUCUUUGUGUGUGUAUGCCCAAGCACGUGUUACAACCCGCCUCAAGGGCCACAACAAAAGGAGACACACCGGAUGCACGGUUAACCAAACAGUACUUGAUUAAAGCAAACUAAACCAAACCGGGCCAAAUUAAGCCAAAUGAAACCUAAUCCAAAUAUGACCUAAAUAAUAAAACAAUGUAAGUGAACAUCAGUAAAUGUAGAGUGUAGGGUGUGCAUGCCUGGAAGUGUGUAUGUGUAUUGAAGAGUGUAAACCUACAGUCAACAAAAACUAACAAAGCAAGCUAAAAUUGGGAGUAGGACCUGCUGCAUGUUCCCAGGCUGGAGAAUGAGAAGCAGAGACUGAUUAGUUGGCAGCUGGGUCUUAAAUCACCUCUGACUCCUAGCCGCCACAGGUGCUGCAGGUCACCCAACCAGCUGACAGCGCCCCCAAGAGGACCCUAGGGGCCGUAACAAUACCAGCAGCCGUGAGUGACAGCCAUGAACGCCAGUUAUUUUAUUCAGGCCAAAGGAAAAUUCACGACAAUUUUCACGCAGUUUAAUUUAUCCAUCCUGCCACAAAUUAAUUUGGACCGCCACAAAUUGAUUUGGUUUGCUACCGGUUUUCCCUGAACAAAUUUAAUGCACCUGGUCUGUCAGAGAAUAAGAGGACCAACUUAGUGAGUGUUUUGCGAUAUCGAGCAAGUAAUCAGUAAUUAAAAAAGCGACUGGCAACAAAUCUAAUGAAGAAUCCUUGGAGACUGGCACGAAAGCACAUAUCACUCUUCUCAGCGAGCAGACCGUGCUGCUGUGGGAAUGUGGGGAUGGGUCUGAUCCAAUCCAGUAUCAGUAUGGGGUUCAGAUAACAGCGGAAUUCACGGAAAUCUCCGGAGGUCGAUCCAUGAGCCAGGUUUGUGGUUUGCUGUUGUCAAGAAACGUAGCUUGAAGAAUAUCAGCAAACGUAGCUGUCUCCACAUAUGCACCGCAUCCAUUCCUCCUCACUCACGCCACACACACACACACACACACACACACAAGCGUUCUGCAUGACACGUCCACAGCCACACAAAAUAGUUGGACAUCACUCUUAAUAGGACACAAAAGGUCCAGGUCCCUACAAUAUCACACAACGCACCACAAUGAGUGAUAUUAGUUACAGUAAUAUUAAUGAUGUUGGUCAAUAUACAUCGCAAAUCCACCACUCAUGACACAUGAACGUCAUCAAGCAAGCGCUCUUCCUUGCAUUUCACAUAGUUUCACUUCCUCUGUUAAGCCUGACUGCAGUUUACAAAUAGUCGAUGUAAGCUGAAGCUUGCCGCACGGUGGUUAGCAUGUUGGCCACACGGUCAGGAGAUCAGGAAGACCUGGGUUCGAACCCCGUCUGUGUGGAGUUUGCAUGUUCUCCCCGUGCAUGCGUGGGCUAAGUUGUCCAUGGGUAUGAAUGUGAGAGUGAAUGAUUGUUUGUGUAUAUGUGGCCUGCGACUGGCUGGCGACCAGUCCAGGGUCUACCCCGCCUCUCGCCCGAAGUCAGCUGGGAUAGGCUCCUGCAUACCCUGAUGAGGAUAAGUGGCAUAGAAAACAGAUGGAAGUUGAAGCUUUGCCAUAUAGACUGUAACAUCUGCGAAUUCGUCAUCCUCAUGUAAGCAAACCCUUCCGAGGUAUUUUGCCAAAAGUGAGAGAAGCCGCUCUUUGCUCGUCAUAACAGAAUGUGAGCUAAGUCAUUUGUCCUUGCGGAGUCGUACGUUAUUGUAUUUACUCAGUGGGAUCCACUUGAACCUCUUCAGCCAUAAUUACUAAGAAUGAGCUAUCGUUUAUUUCCAUACCCAGAUGUUCUAAUCUGCCCCAUCUUUCCCACAAAUGACUUUCAAAUGUUACUUUUGGCCCCCCCUGUAAUUGGAAGGCAGCUCCUUGCUUGGCUGCUUGGUUUAUACUGGGGGCGGGGCUUUAUAAUUAGAGGGGAUUUUUGCAGAUCAGUUCAUGCAGUCAGGGAGAGCCCUCCAGUUUUAUCAUUGGUGCAGCCACAUCAGACCUGCAGCACUGCACUACUUAUUAUGGAUGAGUUGGAAAAAUAUUGAUAAAAUAGCUUGAUACAUUCCAGUCAGUGUUGUCAAAACUUCCUAGCAUGGCUGUGUCAUUUUUAGAAAUCCACCAUAGGAUUAUAUUCAUACCUGUCAACAUUUGCAUUUGAAAAUAGGCUAGAGGAGGCCGUAGGCGUGAAUUGGCAGCCACAGUUCUGCACGUCUACCCCAGGACAGCUGUAGCUACAGAUGUAGUUUACCACCACUAGUGUGCGACUGAGGAGUGAAUGAAUGAUGGGUUCACUUCACUGUGAAGUGCUUUGGGUACCUUGUAAGAAGGCGAUAUAUAAAAACAAGCCAUUGUUAUUUAUUAUUGUUGUGUAAAUGCAGAUUAAACAGCGUUAGCACACGGUACCGUGCAGCUCAUUGUGUUCAUUUAUGCAGGCAAUUUUGACUUUUCUUUGGCCUCUCCUCACUUCUGCUCUCUAAAUAUUCACAAACAAGUCUUCAAAAACACACUUUUGUCGGUUUCAAACUGUCGUUAUCUCCAUGCCCUUGUUAAGAUGGACUGCUUUGUAAACAAAUGUUGUGUCAUCCAUGGCCUUGGACAAAUAUUCCCUCCUGAUUCUGUUUUUUAGUAUUUGGGGAAUCACCUGCCCUGAGUGACUGAUUUAGAGCAGGCUAGAAUUCCUAGACAGGUAUGAAAAUAUGCUGUGGUCACAGCGUCUGUGUUGGUGUGAGGGUUGCUUUUACUGCCGCUAUACGGGACGAUAUAAAGGGGGUGAGCUGGCUCCUCUGCAAGGCUUUGUGGUCUGUGAAAGUAAACAGCCUGUCUGGUGAAGACGCACUUGGUACACACUUGACAACAUUUUGUAGGUCUUCUUGGCAUUUGGUGUGUUCAAAGUGUCAAAGUGAGCUCGCAUUACGGGAAGCACUGAUUUGAUCUCGGAGUAAUUUCAUUUUUCAAGUGCUUUCCAUGUUAAAUGUUAAACAUGUUAAAGAGGCAGUAUGAAGUAUAGACACGUUCCCUUUUAACGUCUUUAAAUUUCAAUAAUAAUCUGCAGUGCAUGAGAAAGCGAAAUGGAAAACAUACCUCACUGACCUCAUGGUCAUUUAUUAACAAGGAUAUUGCGCAACACAGCAGCAACGGAACCAAUGUUGUAAUAGCAGUAAGGCACAAACUGCUCAGCCACAGUUGAUAGUGCUUAUGAGUUCAUUGUAAACAACAGCACGGCGAGUGCCACAUGCAUGAGUUUCACACCAACAGCGAGUUAGCGAAAUGAUCAUUUUAAAGCGCAUGCAGAGGUAAAUAAGGGAACCCUGCCACACAUGCUUUGUAGUGAAUCAGAAGAGUCGAUUCCCAAAGAGUGAGAGUCUGCGCCCCAAUUUUUGUUUUCCUUUUGCACAUUCAGCUCUCGCUCUCAGCUCUGCUCGGAACUUUGCUUUGAUGGCAAUGCCUUCCGGCCAAUCACACGUGAGGAUAUAGGAUCAUACCAUUAUGUGAAAGUAGAGAGAGAAUCUUCACAAAAAAGCCGUUUGGGAGCUGAAAGAUCCGAAAGACCCGGCUCUCAUGAGCAGUUACUGACAGUUUAUGGAAUUAAUAAUUUCAAAAAAAGCCUUGGAUCAAAACUAACACAAAAUAACUAAGUAUAGUUUAUUCCUUAUUGCAUCUUUAACACGUGUUUUUUUGCAAACUCUUGCAUAAGAGUCCAGUUUAACAAGGACUAGUGUUAGAAUUACAAACAGAUGCAUGGUGGCUGUUGCAUUUCAGGAAACACCCGAUUGGAGUCUCCAGUUUGCCACAUAUGUCUCUAAUCAAGGCUUCUCCUGAGACUCUUUGAUGCCAUUUAGCUUGCAAAAGGUGCUCACAGAAGAUACGUCGCUAAACUGCUGGUAAAAGUGUGUGUAUUUUUGUACUGCAGUACACUCAAAGAGUCAUAGGGUUAGUUUAAGCAAAGAUGUGCAUUCCGGAUUUAGCCUACCCGUGAAUAUUUGUGGCUCGGCUUCAUUCCACAAAGAGUAAACAAUAUAUGGUGCUAUUUUUUUUCCUCUUUGGACAGCGUUUUAAGACGCAACUACCUGCAUGUGGUAACAUUACUUGUGUACAGUAUAACAACCCUGUGUACAUAACAAACUGAUCCUUUGACCGGACUGUGACCUCACUAAACGUCUCCGUGAUAGAAAAGCAACAGACAAAUUGGGUAUACCUGCACAGUCUAGUGAGAGCUGUUGCAAACAUCCUGCCUUCACUAAGAUAAAAAUGCUCAUUUUGGAUUGCAACAAGUCGUGGUUGUGGUUUGCAGUAGUGUGCUACUGCACAGCACCGUACUGAGAAUUGCAUUCAAACUGCGUGUCAUUGACUUUUGAGAGGGCAGCGUUUUACAUUGAUCACUUGGAUUGCUUUUCUUUCUUUUUUUUUUUUUUUUAUAAUUGGAUUGUCAGCGUUCCUAAGCUGAAACUGCAAGUUCUGCUGAAAAAUAGUGUCACGAAUAGCGUCAUAAACACAUCCCCUGUCACUUUGCUCUUCCGGAUCCCAAGCAGACAAGAGGCUCUGCAUUUCACCAGCAGCUGGAAAAAGACCCUCAACCACGAACCCACACUAACCCCCGACUGGGGUGACACUCCUGGCCUCUGUCUUUUGGCAUUGGGGUGUCAACAUCUUGUUUCCGUGUUCACACACACACACACAUGCAGUAGGGAUGGGCCAUACUACAAAUGUUGCUAUCGACCCGAUACAAAGUAAAAACAGAGGCCACUACUGCCGAUACCAAUGUUUUUUUUCUUGAAAUUUUUUCAAGGUAAUUGGAUCAUUUGUAAUUUGCUGAUCAUGAUUUUACGAACUGACUUAUUUGUGAACAACUUAAUGAUAGAUAAAUACAGUGGAACUUUGGUUAGCGUCAUUAAUUAGCUCCAGAAGGUACGCUAACUGAAUACAUUUUUCACAUAACAAAUAAUGUAAAUCCAAUUAAUCCGUUCCAGAAAGCCAAAAAUGUUAACAUAAAACACAUUUUUAUCGUUUUACAAUGAUAGUUUGACAUGCAGAAAACAAUUCGAUAUGCAUAGAAAUACAUAUAAACGAUAAAUGAAAGGGAUAAAUGAACAUUUAAGGUUACUUAUACUUCACUGAAGACGUGAUUCUUGACGACUAUCCCCAAAGCCACGAUCAACCGACACCACCUUAAUAAUUUGACCCAAAAUGGGGCCAAAGACGGUUGCGAGUGCCAGCAUUUUGAUAAGAAGGCGAGGAACGCUAUUGAAUAUGAGAAAUAACUCAUGACAAAACAGGAGGGUGGCGUCCGUGUGGUGUCUCUGCCACAUUAACCUUAAAUAUUCAUUUGUCCUUUCAUUCGUAAUUUAUAUGCAUUUAGAGUUGUUUCAUGCAUGUAAAACUAUAAUUCUAAAACUAUAAAAACGUGUUUUGUGUUCAUACACAUAUAGACAGGCGAAGUAACCGGCUCCGGUUGCCAUUGUGUUCGCUAGCUAACAAGCUAACAAGUAAAGACG